UUAGUCCCCCCACCAAGCAGAAGCACAUUCACAUAUGCCUCUGCACGCGUAGAGCCGCCUCAUCCGUCUCGACAGAGCGGUCAGCUUCUGAGAGGACCAGCUAUAGUCAGCCUGCCCGCGGCAUAGAGGCAGCAGAGGGGGGACACAAAGCAGAAGGGAGGGAAGAGGAAGAAAAAGGGUGAAAAAAGCCAAAGGAGGAUGAGAGCGUGAAAGGGAAGGAUGCUUUGAAUGCUGGCUCUCUUUCAUCAAGCAAGAGGAAAACGGACUGGAGAGAGGGAGGGGGACGCAACCCACAGCGGGGACAAAAGCGGGAAUUCUGGAAUGAAUGGGAGUCCUGCUUGCACUGGGAAUAGCGGUCCACGCCGAAGUCGCUGAAAAGCACGACCAACUCUCCCUCUCCCUCGGGAUUUCAGAUGUCGCCUCUUGGCUCGGCUUUGGCGACAUUUGACCACCGUCGAGCGAGCACUUCUCUGCUCUGCAGGCGGCACCAAUUAAGGCGGGCUUGAGCCGGGCAGGUUGUGACAGAAUCGAGGCGAAGAGGAAAGGGACGACGUCGCGGAGAAGAGGAGGAGGCGGGGCCUGCGGGUGCAUAUGUGGACAGGAAGUGGCCUUUCAUCGUGAAGGCAGAAAAGGAGGAAAAACGUGAUGGAGACUGUCGCUGCUACAUAACUCACCCAACAUCCCUGCUGUGCAUCACCAGUGAUGCCAUGAUCCAGUUCUGACUGUGGGUAAUGCCGAGCCAAAUCACCAAUCCUGGAGAUGCCGAAGAGAAGAGAUAUUCUUGCCAUCGUGUUGAUCGUGUUACCCUGGACGUUGCUCAUCACAGUUUGGCACCAAAGCGCUAUCGCUCCGCUCCUCGCCAUCCGCAAGGCCUGUCACCACCUAGUAAAAGAGAUCUUUAUCAUUCCAGAGAGGCUUGCAGUCCGCCACCACCGACUCUCAGAUGACGGCGUGGAGGGCAAGAGGGAGGCCGGAGGCCAGGCGGGAGACUCGAAGGAAUACUGCGCCUCAGAUAAGGACAUUGUGGAGGUGGUGAGGACCGAGUAUGUCUACACCCGGCCUCCGCCUUGGUCGGACGUGCUGCCCACCAUCCACGUCAUCACGCCCACGUACAGCCGACCCGUGCAGAAGGCCGAGCUGACCCGGCUGGCGAAUACCUUCCUCCACAUUCCCAACCUGCACUGGAUCCUGGUGGAGGACUCCCAGAGGAGGACGCCGCUGGUGACGAGACUCCUCAGAGAAACGGGGCUCAACUACACCCACCUCAAUGUGGAGACGCCCCGGAACUAUAAGCUGCGGGGGGACACUCGGGACCCCAGGAUCCCCCGGGGGACCAUGCAGAGGAAUCUGGCGCUGCGGUGGCUGAGGGAGACGUUCAACGCCAACAGCAGCCAAGCCGGGAUUGUCUACUUUGCGGACGACGACAACACUUACAGCCUGGAGCUGUUUGACGAGAUGAGAUCAACUCAGAAAGUUUCCGUGUGGCCCGUGGCCUUUGUGGGCGGCCUGCGCUACGAGUCGCCUAAGGUCAACGCGGCCGGGAAGGUGUACGGUUGGAAGACGGUGUUUGACCCCCACCGGCCCUUCGCCAUCGACAUGGCCGGCUUCGCCAUUAACCUGAGGCUCAUCCUCUUCAAGCCUCAGGCGUACUUCAAGCUCCGCGGGGUGAAGGGAGGCUACCAGGAGAGCAGUCUGCUGCGGGAACUUGUCACGCUCAGCGACCUGGAACCCAAAGCGGCCAAUUGCACUAAGAUACUCGUCUGGCACACAAGAACAGAGAAACCCGUCCUCGUAAACGAAGGGAAAAAGGGAUUCACAGACCUCAAUGUGGAAAUAUGACAGUUAUUUUUUCCUCCCAGAUCAUGGUGGUUGUUUAUGGACACAAAACAGUUGCUGGCAAGUUUUUGAAAAACAAUCUAACCCUCUUCGUCACUUGAAGGUGACAUUUUUUUUAAUUUUUUUUUUGUGAAGAAAAGACAAAGCACAGCUCGGCGAAUGGCGGCUUUUUUUUAUUUAUGAGCCCCGUGAAAGAAACGACGUCAAGGACGCCACGGUGACAACAACCUGACAGAAAGACAGCACAAUUCUAACACCUGUCACUAAAAAAAAAAAAAAAAAAAAAACCUGAAAUGGGAUUAUGAUGAAGAACAUUCUACAACCCGGACUACGAUCUCGUGGAUCUUACUCGGAUAAACACUGCAAGGGAAGGAAUGUCCUUUUGA